AUGGCCGUCGGACACGACCUGGAACGGUACCUUCUUCGAAACGGAGAUGUUUCACAUCCCCCGUUCCCAGGUAUCGGCGGCGAUUGGGAAAACAAUCCAGCUCGGCCACGCCAACCACGUCUGCGGGUACUAGCAUACCGUGAUCUCCGCAGCAACGGCCACGGCUCUGACCCGGAGCAAUCGCCGAGUCCUCUGUCCCAGAGCUCACGCCAGGGAUACCAACAAUCCUAUCCCCGGCCCGACGGUGGUUGGCGGCUCGACAACCUCCCCAGACAUCUGACAGAGCGGACCUCCCAGCACGUUCCGUACUACCCGCUGAUGCAGCUGCGUCUGGCGAACAAAAUGCUGAGGGCACUCGUCCACCCGCACGCCUCGCCCGAAGACGAGGGGAUAGCCUACGUCCUGCGCGCCGAGCGCGACUUCACACAGCACAUCAACCAAUCUCCCUUCAACAUGGGCUGCUACAUAUGCUACCGCGUCCUGCCGGCCAGGUGCUUCGACAAGCAACAGGCCUUGCACGCUCUACGAGACGAGCCGCUUGGCAAGCAGACCAUCGUCAAGCUGCGCCGGUUCUGCAUCCAGUGCGGUCUCCGUACGGGGCUCCAUGGUACGGGCGACCGGUUACGUCGGUGGGAGGGCGGCAAUAGCUGGAUUUGCAACUGCGAGCGCUUGUGGAGCGAUAUGGUGGCGAAUUGUGUGGUUUGCCGGUUAAAUUGCCCUUUUAGAGACGAGAGAUAG